AUGUCUGGUCUCGACCCAUCCGGCCCAUCGCAGCCGACACAACAACAAGGACUCAACCAAGCUGGCAACCCUGCCGAUAAGACAUCCGCCGAAGGCAGGCAGCACAAACAAGCGACCAGCGAUGUUCCCUCCACGCACGACGGCGAAGCACGGCCGAGUGCCCUAGGCGCAGGCGAUACCGGCGCUCUCAAAGAGAAAGACAUCUCAAGAUCAGACGCCCACCCGUACUCGAAAGACGGCAACCUCGAAGGCGAACAGAUGCGAGCACCAGGUGAGGGCGACGUGGCGGAAGCAGUGAGAUCUGGUGGCGGCGGUGGACACCUGGGGCAGGAAGACUUGAUGUCGGACAUGGAUCGGAAGGCGAAAGAUCACGAGCUCGAAUUGAAGAAACGGGGCGAGCGUACGGGCAAAGAGAUUGAGGAGGAAGAGAAAGAGGACUGGACGAACAAGCGUGCAGAUGUUGGCGAAGCGCUCGCGGCUACUGGUACGCCUGUAGUGCUGGCGCCGGAGGGCGCAUCAUGA